CCCUCUCUACUUUGGUUUCUCCACCAUUUGCAACAACAAAGAAAAAAAAAAGAGAUUAAAGAGUUUGAGAGAGAGUGAGCUAAGGGAGAAGUGUGAUCAUUUUGUAGAGAGAGGUUCGCCGGAGCUCGUCGCCGGAGCCACCACGUCCAGUGAUCGCGUUCAGUUCACCACCACCGAUCAUCCCCCUAGACCACCAUCGCGUUCCUCUCGACGAGACGAAUCCAUAGCCACAGAAAUCGUCGAAAUCGGAGCUCAGACGAAGCCGUACGCGCCUCCGGAAGAUCAGCCCGCGCGCGCGCGUGAAACGCACGCUCCACCGCCUCCGCCGCCCGUCCGCCGGAGCAGCCGCGCCCGGCCGCCGUCAGUUCGCCGCCGGGAAUCCGCCGCCGCGUCGCCGCCGCACCGCCGCCGCCGCCGGUGACUUUUCCGAUUUGGAGUCUAUUUGAGCAGCUGGAGUUCACAGACAUCACUUCUCUUCAUUUGCUAAGGUGAGACCGAUGAGCAGGAGUGAUCAUAUCGGACUGGUGCUACUAUUUGGGCUCGUGGGCUUUAUCGUUUAUCGUUUUAUCUUUUAUCGUUAUUGGGCCUUCAGGCCUUUGGACUUCUAUCGUUUAUGUUAUUUCUUAUUUCAGCCUUCGGGCUUAUGUUGUUAUUUAUAUUUCGGAUGUUUAUUUUCGGAUUUGACUUUAUGAUAUGACGUGGAUUUUAUUAUCCGUAUUAUUAUUAUUAUUUCCGCUGUGCUAUUAUUUUAUCGUUACUUUAUCUCGAAUUAUUUUAUAAAUAUUCGACAGACGCGGUCGCGUCAGUUUUGGUAUCAGAGCCGUGUUCCGUCCUGGCUCCGACCCGGGAUGACGAUCUUUGGAGACUCGGUUUUUAUUCGGUUUUAAUCGGUUUUCAAAUGUUUAUGGGGAUGUGGGGAUUUUAAAAAUAAAAUAAAAUAGCACUUUUCCGUUUGAUAUCACUCCUUUAAUUGUUGGAUUUAGUCAGAAGUUAACUCGUUGCCUUAAUUUCAGAUGCCGCCGAGGAGAGCUACCCGUGCUCAGAUCGCUAGAGAUGCUAGAGAGGCUCAGGACGAGCAUGUUCAGCCCGCAGUUCCGCAGCCCGAGGUUCCUCAGGUUGACCAGGAGGCUAUGAGACAGAUGGUUCAGGAUGCUGCUAGACAGGCUGCUCAGGAAGCAGUUCAGCAGAUUGCUCAAGAGGCAACCAGGCAAGCCGCUCAAGAGGCUGCCCGAGUAGCUGCUCAGGAAGUUGCUCGACAGAUGGCUGCAGCUCAGCAGGUUCCGCAGGGUCCUCAGAUUCAUGUGCAGCAGGGUCCGCAGAUUCAUAUGCAGCAGGUUCCGCCCGUUCAGGUUCAGCAUGAUCAUCAGGCUCCAGCUCAGCAGGCCCCAGCGCCACAAUAUCCGCAGGUUCCUAUUCAGCCGGUUCCAGGUGUCUUUCAGGUUCCGCCGCCGCUGCCUAUCAUUCCAGUGCACGUGCCCGAGGUUGAUGAAACAUUUAUCAGGGUGUUGUCACAGAUGAAAUACGUGAACUUGGAGCAUUUCAGUGGUACCACGGACCCUACACUUGCUCACGAUUGGAGGCACAGUUUGGAUAAAUGUUUGAACACUAUCUCAUGCCCACCAAGGCACAAGCUUAGGAUUGCUGAGUUGUAUUUACGCGGAGAUGCAGCAGUGUGGUGGGAUGGAGUGCGAGUGAUGCACCACGGCGAGAUGACUUAUGAGGAUUUCCUGUAUGCGUUCAACAAGAAGUAUUUUCCGAGAGAAGCUUUGGAUGAGAAGAAGAACGACUUUGAGAGUUUGAGGCAGGGUGGAAAGUCUGUCAGAGAGUAUGAGCAUGAGUUUCGCCAGCUUCACCGAUUUGCGGGUAUUGGUAUGGAUGAGGAGGAUCUUAUCAGGAGGUUCUUAAAAGGGAUGCGAGUAGAACUUCACGGUAGGUGCAGUAUGGUCACCUAUACCAGUUUGGAGGAUCUGGUAGAGAAGGCCGUUGUGCAAGAGAAAUGUAUUGCAGCGGAGCAGAAGUUCAACAAGGCAGCUCAGCCUAAGACCGGAGGGACUUCCGGGUCGCAGAAGAGGACCUUGGAUCAGUCAGGCAUCCAGUGCUUUCAUUGCGGGAAGUUUGGACAUAAGAGUAGGGUUUGUCGAAGCAGGCUAGCCGGUGCCCGUGUUGCACCGCCAGUAGCAGUAGCAGCAGCCCCAGCAGUGGCAGUUGGGAACUGCUUUGGCUGUAACCAGCCGGGUCACAUGAUCAGGGAUUGCCCGAGGAGGGGCAAUGCAGCGCUUCCACCACCACCGAAGCGUCUAGCCAUCGCUCCACGUGUGUUUACAGUUGGAGAUGCCCAGGGAGCCGAGCCGAUAGCGGGAUUGGUUUCGGUUGGAGGUGAGCCAGCUCACACUUUAUUCGACUCAGGAGCUUCUCAUAGUUUCGUGAGUCCGCGUUUGGUCAAGUCUUGGUCUUUCCGGGGUGUCUUCGAACCGAAGGCUAAGCAGAUUCAAACUGCCGGCACCGAGAGAUUGGGAGCGAUUGGAGUUCAUCGUGAUGUGCCAGUUAUGCUUGGAGGAGUUGAUUUGCUCGGAGAUUUGACAUAG